AUGCCUCCAUAUCUGACUCCUGGCCGUAUAUCUGUCACAGGCCAGAACAUGAGCUACUCAAGCAGCCAGCCAGUUCUCCCGCCAGCAUCUGUGCUCACCAAGGGGACAGAACGGGAGACGAGGGGGAACUUCACCACAGCUCCAGUGACCCUGUUUGUGUUCGAGGCAGGGCAGGGGCUGUCAGGGUGUGGGCUGCAGCUGGCCUUCCAUGCCAACUUCACCUUCUCCCUCUCGCCUCAAUCGGGCCGCGUGGGCUUCAACGGCUUUGCCUUUGUUGUCUCGGCAACCGACCGGGUGGGGAGAGGCACCAGUGUGGGGUAUGGUGGAAUGGACAUGCGGAGUGUGGCAGUUGAGUUUGACACUCGGCAAGACAAGCAGCACGGAGACAUGAGCAGCCCGCAUGUGGGGCUGAACAUUCGAGGCGAGGACAAGUCGCUAGCCGCUGUGCCGUCACCAUUCCUUCUAAGCAGCAAGAAGGCAUACACGGCGUGGGUGGACUAUGAGCCGGGGGAUCCCGGCACCAUCCAGGUCUUCCUUGCUGACUCGAAGGAGAAGCCGCAGGAGGCGGUGCUGGAGAGGAGGCUGGCGCUGUGUGAGGUGCUGCAGGGUGGGGAGGAGCAGCACGCCUUCUUCUUUGGCUUUGUGGCCUCCACCACCGUGAAGCCAUUUCAAAAACACGUCAUUCUUGAAUCUACAGUGGACACAGGUCAGUAUAAGCAUGAACAGAUCGCGAGCUUGCUUUAUGCUCACUCCAUCUAG